AUGGAGCUGGAGGUACCGCCGCUUAAGCGCACAGGGCGGCCUGUUCAUCCUCUAUGGACACAUUUUCAUCGUGGAGAGAAGCGGAAUCGCUACCAUUACCACGCAUUUUGCUCUUACUGCGUCGCUCGUCAUGGUGUCGAGCAAGUGCCGCCUACACGUGGUGUGUCUGCCGAGAUGCUACGACAUUUAGAGAGCUGUCCUAAUUGUCCUCACAAAGUGCUUGAUACAGUUAAAGAGCUUUGGGGUCAACGAGAACGAACGACAACCCCUGCCAAGAAGAAUGCAAACGGCUAUAGUGGCAGCGGCAAUCGACUGGUUAACGAAGAAGACGAAAAUCAAGUGCUGCUCUUAGACGCGAUGGCGGUGGCAAAUGCAACGGUGGAUAAUGACGCAGCAGCUGUCAUUGCUUCAGCGGCAAUACCAGAAAACGUACAUGUGACAAGAAAAAGGACAGGGAGUGAAACGCUGGAGACCUUUACUAACAAAGAUACAGAAAAGGGACCGACCUUGAAAAGUGAACUGAAUGUUACACAAUGUACAAAACGUGGACUAAUUGUUGCAAUGGACGAGGACAUUAUGACAAAAUGGAGGACAACACUGUUGCAGACUGCAGUGGCAACAGGCAUUUCACUCUCGGCUUUUCAAGAGAACGACUUUCAGAAAUUACUCCAAGUUGUUAGUCCCAUGAGAAUACAUUCUAGUGAUGAAAGGAUCAGUAGCGUUGGAAGUGUUACGUUUUUGAAAGAGACGGCUGCAAAAUUUGCACGUACGCAAUUGGAACGAGUGAAGGAAAACAUGUUGAACUCGAGAAUCAAGAGCGGUCUUACACUGAGUGUGUCCUGUUGGUGCACUCUAGAUCUACAGCAUCUGGUUGCAUUUACACUUGUCAAUUUGAAGGGAGAUGCUGCGUGUGUACGAGUGGAAGAUGUGGGAAGUCAACAUACUUUUACUGAUAAUAACAGUGAUGAUGUUUCUCCAUUGCUGCUAUCGCUUACCCACGCCAUUGAAGACGUUUUGCUGGAUCUGAAUGAGAAGCAUAUUUGUGUUAUUGGCAUUGUGGCUGACUCUGCUACUGCGCUGAGUGCUGCAAAGAGAGUGUGUCGUAGUACACGGUGGCGCUCUUUGCUGGUAGUUCCGUGCAUGUUCGGCGUAUUGACGUCUCUGGUGGGUGGCGUUCUGACACACGACGUGUACCGUGAUGCUGUGGGACAGCUUGUCGAAUUGGCCGCAUAUUUUACUAAUUCGCGACUACAAGCAUUACUACGUAGCAUAUCUGGCGACAAUGAUGCACGUAUCCCACUUCCAACAAAAUAUCACUGGUUCUCAUUAGUGGCUUGCCUCACGAAGAUCCUGCAGUACAGCGACGCUAUCACUGUGCUAUGUACAAAUCAAGAUGAUCGGGGCUCCGUUUUGGCGCCGUCGGCACUGCGUGAACUUGUUCUUGGCAACAACUGCCAAAUCUGGAAAACACUGCGGGGAUUGGAUAUGCUUCUUGCCCCAUUAAGAGAAGCGUAUAAUAUUAUGUUCCAGUCCAAAGCUGAAGUGGGCGAGAACAAUAGUGCUUGUGACAACAAUGAUGAAUACACGGCCACUGUCCAAGGAGGACUUACCCUUGCUCACGUCAUGUACCAGUUCGGUCGCAUGAGUCAGCAGUACGCAGCCCUCGCAGAACCUGCAGAACUGAAUUCAUUGUCGAGCAGCAAUGAUGACGAGAUAGAAGUCGUGGCACGCAGGCUUCAUGAACUUUUGGACACUAUGUGGCAGCGGUAUGACCUGCCAACGAUGGUGCUUGCAUAUGUGUUUGACUUUCACAUGGAAAGUGAGCGGUUGGACUUGAGUAAUAGCGCGCUUCAGUGGAAGGCAGUGUCAUCUUACUUUCAGCUCUACUUUCAACGCUGGUUCUGCCAGCCACAAGAAAAUCAGGCCCAAUUACGUAGUGGCUCAACCGUAGUGGCACCGAUCUCCAGCAACAAGGCGGAAGCGAUUCUCAAUGCAUACCAACUUCGUCAGUUCCCGUUUGAUGCAGCUACGACAAGUGACCAUACCGAUAUGGCGUCGUUCUAUUCGUUCGUGUCGGACUCUCACCCUGAAAUUUGCGCGCUUUGCUGCCGUAUCUAUGGUGUUGUGUUAGCUUGUGCCGAUUUGCGUCGUGUGGUUCGUGGUAUUGGGUUUGUGCCUUCCGUCGCACAGACUACGGACCGCCCUAAACAAGUAGAACUGCUGCUCCACGUAGGCUAUGCGACCAGUGUGAAAAAAACAAGACACCCUUCUGGUGAUGUUAAUCUUUUAUCUGAGCUCAUACCAGCAAGUCACCCAGAAGAAUUACUAUGCAGCCACCAAGACUGGAAAGCAUUCUCGACGGACUGGAAGCAAUUUCUUGACGACGAAUUGGCAGUUGACGAGUUGGAACAGCUCCAAACACACGACAGCAUCGGUAGCCACCAAGACAAGAAUGACGAAGCUAUCAAGUUGUCCCUUAACCAGCUCUUCUUCGAAGUGCUUCCUCCAUUACCUGGUGGCAACUUUAUCUCAUGA